GCGUGGGGGGGCAGAAGAAGUCAUGAGACCAUGUUUGCUCUCCUCCAGACAACACGUUGGUCAUAUGAGCAGCAGAAGAAGACGAAGAAGAAACAGCAAUGGACGGAUUGUCCCGCUGGAUGAGGAGGUGCUGCUGUGGCGAGGUCGAGGAGGAUGAGGGGGGCAAAGAUCCAUGGAAGGGGGUGGAAGAGGAAGAGGAACAGGUGGAGGUGUUCAGAAUGGAGGAAAGUACCGUGAAGAAGAGCAACAGUUCUUCAUCGCUGCCGGUUUCUGAGCUGAAUCCAGACAGUGGCCCGCAGCCUCACUGGUUCCACACGCUGCAGAUGCGACGGCUUCGAGUGCAGAGAGACCGCAGCAACAGUGACCCAUGGAGCCAGACAAACUGCCAAAACCAUUUUUUCUCGAAACCGGGACUUCAGUUUGGAACAGCCAAUUCGUACGUGAGCCUGGAGAAACUUGGUGAAGGCUCCUACGCGUCUGUUUAUAAAGGCAUCAGCAGGAUCAAUGGGCAGCUCGUGGCGUUGAAGGUGAUCCAGACAAAGACAGAGGAGGGUAUGCCGUUCACUGCAAUCAGAGAAGCCUCACUGCUCAAAGGCCUGAAGCACGCCAACAUCGUCCUGCUGCACGACAUCGUUCAUGCCAGAGACUCGCUCACCUUCGUCUUUGAAUACGUGCAGACGGAUCUGGCACAGUACAUGAACCAGCACCCAGGAGGGCUGCACUCUCACAAUGUGCGGAUCUUCAUGUUCCAGCUGCUGCGCGGUCUCGCCUUCAUCCACGAACGCCGGAUCCUCCAUCGAGACCUGAAGCCUCAGAACCUGCUCAUCAGCUACUUGGGAGAGCUCAAACUGGCCGAUUUCGGUCUGGCUCGUUCCAAAUCUGUCCCCUGUCAGAGUUUCUCCUCAGAUGUGGUGACGUUGUGGUACCGCCCACCCGACGUCCUGCUCGGAUCGACGGAUUACUCGACGGCUCUGGAUAUCUGGGGCGCCGGUUGCAUCUUUGUGGAGAUGCUGCAAGGGGCUCCGGCAUUCCCGGGAGUCACUGACGUGUUUGACCAGCUGCAGCAAAUCUUUAUGGUGCUUGGAAUCCCAUCGGAGGAUACCUGGCCUGGAGUCACCCGGCUGCCCAAUUAUAACUCAGACUGGGCCCUUCCCUCCAAGCUGAAGCCAAUUCGCUCUGUGUGGAAAAGGUUGAGUCGACUGCCAUGCAAAACCGAAGACCUGGUUCAGAGAAUGCUGACGCUGGCGCCCGCCGACCGGAUCCCGGCGCCGGAUGCCCUUCUGCACUCCUAUUUUAACACCUUACCGCCGCCCGUCAUGCACCUGAGGGACACCGUGUCCAUCUUCAAGGUGCCCGGCGUCCAUCUGGAGACGGAGUUCCGCGACACCUUCGCUCCCGGCGGCCGAGUCAGACCUUCACUUUUGCCCGUCGCCAAAUUUUGGUGACAUCUCUGCACCGGUCGAAUUUUGGGAUCAAUUUUUGUAACUUCUACCCAAGGUUGGGGGUGGGGGGGGGGUCAUUAUUUUGACCCAGCGGAUUGGAUUGAAGAUUGAAUUUGGGCGGGAUGAAAGGCGGUCGCCAUUUUGAAGUUGCAAGCACUGAAGUUGAAGUCGAUGAACUGAAAAGAGCUCGGCCGUGUGAAUCAUGCGAGUGACUGGCUGUGGUGACUCCUGACGGGGGGGGGGGGGGGGGGGGGGGGGGGGGUGUUUCUUCUUAGA